CCGAGCCGGGCCGAGGAGGGGCCGAGCCGCGGGGGAUCCUGGACUCGCAGGGAGGGGGACUCGGGGAGGAAACGCGCGUCCCCGGCCCCGCCGGCGGCUCCCUCCGCCCCGCACCCGCCUGCGAUGCGCCGCCGCCGCCGCGGCCGGGAACAUGCUGGGCAUGUACGUGCCGGACAGGUUCUCCCUCCGGUCCUCCCGCGUGCAGGACGGGAUGGGGCUCUACACGGCCCGCGGCGUGAGAAAGGGUGAAAAGUUUGGACCCUUUGCUGGAGAGAAGAGAAUGCCUGAAGAUUUGGAUGAAAAUAUGGAUUACAGGCUGAUGUGGGAGGUGCGCGGGAGCAAGGGGGAGGUGCUGUACGUCCUGGACGCCACCGACCCGCGCCACUCCAACUGGCUCCGGCUCGUGCACGAGGCGCCCUCCCAGGAGCAGAAGAACUUGGCCGCCAUUCAGGAAGGGGAAAACAUUUUCUAUUUGGCAGUUGAAGACAUAGAAACGGACACAGAACUCCUGAUCGGCUACCUGGACAGUGACAGGGAGGCCGAUGAGGAGGACCAGCGCAUCGUGCCGGCCCUCACGGAAGGGGAGGCCGAGGAUUCUGAAUCCGCCGCCGGCAGAAAAGGUCGUGCUGGCCGGGGAGAGGACUGCGCCUGCCCGCACUGCGAGUCGAGCUUUGCCAGCGAGGACAUCCUGGCCGAGCACCUGCAGGCGCUGCACCAGAAGCCCACGGAGGAGAAGGAAUUCAAGUGCAAGAACUGUGGGAAGAAAUUCCCCGUUAAGCAGGCUUUGCAGAGACACUUUGAGCAGCAUCAGGGGACGUGCCGGGGCGAUGCCAGGUUCGUGUGCAAGGCUGGCAGCUGUGGGAAGAGGCUGAAGAGCAAGGAUGCCCUGAAAAGGCACCAGGAAAAUGUCCACACUGGAGAUCCUAAGAAAAAGCUCGUAUGUUCCGUGUGCAAUAAAAGGUGUUCGUCAGCAUCAAGCCUACAGGAACACAGAAAGAUUCACGAGAUAUUUGAUUGUCAAGAAUGUAUGAAGAAGUUUAUUUCAGCCAAUCAGCUAAAACGUCAUAUGAUCACACACUCAGAAAAACGGCCCUACCACUGCGAGAUUUGUGACAAGUCUUUCAAGAGGCUGGACCAGGUGGGUGCCCACAAGGUGAUACACAGCGAAGACAAACCUUACAAGUGCAAGCUCUGUGGAAAGGGCUUUGCCCACAGAAAUGUUUACAAGAAUCACAAGAAGACUCACUCUGAGGACAGACCAUUCCAGUGCGAGGAGUGCAAGGCUUUGUUCCGGACCCCGUUUUCUUUGCAGAGACACCUGCUGAUACAUAACAGUGAGAGGACUUUCAAGUGUCAUCACUGCGAUGCUACCUUUAAAAGGAAGGAUACGUUAAAUGUUCACGUCCAAGUGGUCCACGAAAGACACAAGAAGUACAGGUGUGAGCUCUGUAAUAAGGCGUUUGUCACACCGUCAGUGCUGAGAAGUCAUAAGAAAACUCAUACGGGAGAAAAGGAGAAAGUCUGCCCAUACUGCGGCCAGAAGUUCGCCAGCAGCGGGACCCUGAGGGUCCAUAUCCGCAGCCACACAGGCGAGCGUCCCUACCAGUGCCCCUACUGCGAAAAAGGGUUCAGUAAGAACGACGGGCUGAAGAUGCACAUCCGCACCCACACCAGGGAGAAGCCGUACAAGUGCUCGGAGUGCAGCAAGGCCUUCAGCCAGAAGCGGGGGCUGGACGAGCACAGGAGGACGCACACCGGAGAGAAGCCCUUUCAGUGCGACGUCUGUGACUUGGCUUUUAGCCUGAAGAAAAUGCUGAUCCGACACAAGAUGACUCACAAUCCCAAUCGCCCCCUGGCCGAAUGCCAGUUUUGCCACAAGAAGUUUACAAGGAACGACUACCUCAAGGUGCACAUGGACAAUAUCCACGGCGUCGCUGACGGCUAAGUGGGGGCUGUAAGGAGCUAAACCGCUCAGAAGGGUCUGAUGGGAAUCCCAGACUCCUCUCACCUGAUUAGUGCGGCAGAAGCCGCCAGAAGUAACCUGCUGGCUCCACAGUCCUUAUUUGCCUGCAGAUGUAGACCCUGAAGAUGCAUACACAAAAAAAAAAAGAAAAAAAUAAUGGUACCAAUGGAAAAAAACAAUGCCAUGGCCUCGCAGAAUACUACGUCUUAUAAAUACUCUGUCUUAUAAAAAUGGAGAAAAGGAGUCGUGGUUCUCCUUCUUGACCAGUUUCUCUGUAAUGAAGUUUUUAACAGACUCCCCUAACAGACCUUCUUAUUCUAUUGUUACUGUGUGUGCACGUGCCUACAAAUACUGGUUAUCACGGCUGGUUAUCAUUAACUUCAGCAGAAGGCAAUCAAGAUAUCCAACUAUUUCUUGGCAAAUAAGGGUAAGGGUGAGAGUCAUCAAAGGUCUCAAGCCACGGUAAUGGAGUGAAUAUUUAUACCUGCUAUUUUAUAAAACAAACCAAGAAUUUAUCUUAUCUACUAGCGCCAUCCAACAAACGAGUUUAAAAGAAAGAGAUAUUCGAGAACUAAACCAUCUAUUAAAACACUGCUCAUUUUAGAGACUUCCUAGGAGGAUUAUUUCGUGAUGCAGAUGCAGAUGUUCAUGGUCUGGACGACCUUUAUAAAAUCACAGAAAUGACCAUAACGCUUAAAUAGGCAUGUGGCUGCCUCUCCUGAGUUUAUACUGUCGAUAUUUAGAAAGCAGCGAGAUACAAAUGUAUAUAACUGAAAGCAGAAACAGACGCAUUUCCUCGUCUUUGUCGAGUGACCGAGUGGCAGGACAGUGGGGGCUUCGCCACAUUAGUUCGAUGAACGAGUCCUUUCCCUCCCAUUCCUUAGGGCACAGAGUCCUCGGCGCACGGACAUUCCAUUGUGCAAGAGACAUUUUCCAGAAUCUUGGCAGUAGGUGAUUCUGAAACACUCUUGAAUUAUCUUCAAUCAUCCCAUAUAAUUAGGAAUCCAGAAUAAAAAUUACAGAUCUGGCAGCCGUUAUGAUUGAAAUUAUUACUGAUGUUUAAGGGAAGUUGGAAGCAAGAAGUGUAAUUUCUUCCUCGAGGUUGUAUUUCAGCGUUACGCUCGGCAGCAGCACACAAUGAACAGCUUGUUUGGGGAGUCGGUACGAUACAGUGUAAUUGUGAUGUCAGAAUAACCUAAAGGAAUCCAAAAAACAGAAAAAAGUUAAAAUGAAACUGAAAUCAUGCACCUCUCUAGCUGGAACUCACUCAAAAGAGAUGAAGUAUAAUCUUGAGGGAGUCGUUGGCUCUAAGGAGUUGAGAAAGAUUAUCCAAAGACACAGUUCUUGACGUCAGGAGUCUCAUUUUAGAAUUAAUAUAUUCAUGCCCAGUUCCAUCCAGCUUUAAAAAGAAACAUAAAGAUUCAAUGUAGCCAUGUAAACUCUGUAAAAUACUGAGUUGGAAAGUCACCAGAGAUAACUUUUAAAAAUACAAAUCCUAGAAUUUUAGUUUAGAAGUUAUCUUAAGUAUGGUUAUCUAUAGCAUUUUGUAUCUGAAAUUAUAGACUAUUUUAUAAAAACAAAUUUUCGUCUUAUUUCUCACUGUGUCAUUUGUUUCAACAAUGUAUUUUUAGAUACAGAACGUUUUUGGUUGAACAAAACAGUGUGCUUAAUGCCAUUUGAGUACGAAAGGGCAGCUGUGCAGUUUGGUGGUGUGUGUUAUUUGAAUGUGUCGUGCUUAUUCCUUUGGACGCUGCCUUCUCUGUAAGGGGCCUUCGUGUCCCAGCUGUGUGCUGACUGACAUGUGCAGGGAGUCCAAACACCGAUGUUGUGUGGUCUCAGCGCACCACAGCUCCCAGGGCUGCUGGGAGACCACCCUGACCCCCAGGUGCCCCCCGGCGUGACCUGACCGGGAAGAGGUGCUGGGCCUCAUCCUGCUCAAGGUGUACAGACAAGGGAGUCUUCAGCAGGUGGUGUGGAAGGACCUACUCGUGCAUCGUCCCCUCCUAUCAAGGGACUGAAGCCAAAACGAGCCCUCACAAGGCUGUUUGUACUGCUGCAACCUUUUCUCCAAGAGAUGAUUAUUUAUGGUUUCAGAUUUAUUAGCAUUUGUGUGCUGCAGCUUUUAAAUCACAUAGCAAUAACAAAAAGAUGAGAACUUUUUUAGGCCUGUUUGACAAAUUAAAAACGUAGAUAGAUAGUCACAGAGGAAGUGCCUUCUAAGGCAAGCUGAAAUGCCUUUCUCCUGUUUCCUGCUGGAAAGAUUUUGGCUCAGCUGUGUUUCUCAGGAAAAGGCCAACCUCUCACGUGCCCAUGGAGUCUAAGGAACUCAGAAUUAGUAAUUGGCUAAGUAAUUUUAACGGGUAUUCAGUAAGGUGGGUGGGUUCGGGUAUCCCUUCAUAAUUACUGCCUCCAUGGUAUGUUAACAUUCGUGAUAUUUGUAUAUCUUGAAUUUCUUGUUUUGCAAUCACUGGCUUAUAUUAAUAUUUUUCUUUUUUCUUCUUUUUUUUGUGUUACUGGCCAUGAGGAAGGCUUUAUUGUUUAAUCAUGAUCGACACUUGCAGCAUAAAAGCAUUUAUUGGUCAUUUGUUCUUGGGAUUGCACAGGAUAGCUGAAACGCUACUUUCAAGACGCGUAUUUCUUAUAACCUCCGCAUGUGUU